GUAUGUGUAUAUAUAUAUAUAUAUAAUUUGUUUUGUCACUUCAUCAUGCUUGCAGUUAAGAUUUUGUCGUUUCUAUUAAGAUUAUGUGUGUUAAAUUUUAACGUUUUCAAGGUGUUGAUAGCGAUGGAAACUGGCAUUAUUCCACCAAACAUACGUUACGAAACACCGCGAAAGGAACUUACUCCUAUAACUGAAGAUAGAAUAAAGGUCGUCACUGAACCUAUUUCAUGGAACGGCGGUUAUAUUGGCACUAGUUCUUUCGGAUUCGGUAGUGCAAACUGUCACAUAUUGCUGAAAUCAAAUCCCAAAAAUCAAAUCGACAUUGAAACAUCAGACCGCUUAUGUAGACUUGUAACGGUAUCUGGUCGUAUGGAGGAGGCUGUUAAAACUCUAUUAGAUAAUGUGAAUAGCCGAUAG